GGAAGCGAAUCACCAGUGUAGUUCGCCGGCGAGUGAAUCUUGGCUUCUCCGCCAUGGAAACACGGCGGCAGCACUCUGAGGAUAGUCCAACUCCAACAAUUUCUCGAGGCAGCAAUACCGGAUCUUGUACCUCAACGAAUCGAAUCCAAAACCCAGACCCGAUCCCAAACGAUCUCAUCAUGGAGAUACUCUCAAGAUCGCCGGCAAAGUCUGUCGCGAGAUGCCUCUGCUUAUCAAAGUUCUGGGCUUCCACGCUUCGCAGCCGAGGUUUCACGGAUCUGUUCGUGACCAAAUCCUCGGCUCGACCUCGAAUCUUGUUCUCCUUCCGAGAAAACGGUAAGCUGGUCUUCUACUCGGCACCUCAGAUCCAAAAUCAAGACGAGAACUCGAUUCUUGUGGCCGCUAAACAUCACAUGGUGUUCCGCUUUGACUGCUCUGAGUUAUGCCGUCCCCUCCGAGGUUUGGUCUGUCUCACGUAUCUGAGGGUCGUAAGCGCGAGUACGAAGAAUACAGUGCCGGUGAUAUGGAACUUGACCACGGGACAUUCGUUAUCUUUGCCCAAAGUGAAGACGAGGAGGGUUGGUGUGAAAAGCUUCUUCGGGUUUGAUCCGAUUGGUAAACAGUUCAAGGUUUUGUGCAUGACAUCGACGGUUUAUUGGAAAGAGAGCUGUGUCGAGCACCAAAUCUUGACACUAGGGACUAAGAAGCUUUCGUGGAAGAUGAUAGAUUGUUCCAUACCCCAUUAUCCUUUAAGUGGUGGGAUAUGCAUCAAUGGUUGUGUCUAUUAUCACGCUUUAGUCCAUGAGGCUCAUGACGUGAAACGUCACCCUUUUGUCCCUCCUCCAAGCGUUCCUGGGAUUGUUUGCUUUGAUGUUAGGUCUGAGAGCUUUAGAUUCAUCAACAAAGCUGAGGACAUGCUAGUAACAGAAGUUCGGCAUCCAACUCUUGCAGAUUACAAGGGUAAAUUGAGUGUUCUUUCGUCGGAUGGGUUUGAGUAUGUUACUGGCGAAAGUUCAUGUCUUGAGUUAUGGGUUCUACAAGACGCUGAGCAACAUCAAUGGUCCAAGCAUAUAUACCUAGUGCCCACUAUGUUGAAGAAUGUGGUUGCAAGGACUGUGUUGUACUUUGUUGGAGUGACUGGUACAGAUGAAAUCGUGUUGUCGCCGCAAUACAAAUCGGACCUCGUGUUGUCGGUGCAACACAUACCGGACCAAUUCUAUGUCUUCUACUACAACAUCGAGAAGAAUACUAUCAGGAGAGUUGAAAUCCAAGGAAUGAUAAGGGAUCGUAGGAGAAUUCACAUCUCUCUAGACCAUGUUGAGAACGUGAACAUUUUGUAAAGUUCAUUGGCUAUUACUUCUCUUUAGGCUAGGCUAAUUG